AUGCUGGGGAGCAAGCGACUGGGGCUGUCAGGGCUGACCCUCGCCCUGUCCCUGCUCGUGUGCCUGGGCGCGCUGGCCGAGGCAUACCCCUCCAAGCCCGAAAACCCGGGAGAGAACGCGUCUGCGGAGGACCUGGCCAGAUACUACUCUGCGCUGCGACACUACAUCAACCUCAUCACCAGGCAGAGAUAUGGAAAACGAUCGAGCCCUGAGACACUGAUUUCAGACCUCUUGAUGAGAGAAAGCACGGAAAAUAUUCCCAGAACUAGGCUGGAAGACCCUUCUAUGUGGUGAUGGGAAAUCAAAGUUGCUCUCCGGUCUUUGCCUACUUUUCAACCCC